GUAAAUUAUAAAAUGCUUAUAAAAAAUAUAAAAAUGACAUCAGCAACAGAGAAUACAAAAGAUAAAGGGCAAGAAGAUCCCAUUAGAUGUAUAUUUUUUUCAGAAUUUCAUCCUAUUGUUGGUCCAAUGAUUACUUGUCAGGUUCCAGAUAACUUCAUUUCAAAAGAUAUUUUUGAUAAUGUCAGUGUUUAUAUCAUACCAAAAGCACAGUUGCAACGCAGUACUAUAACAGUAACAUUAAAGGAUUAUAAAAUUUUGGGAUUUCCAGUUAAAAUUGAUGAUAAAAAAUAUGCAAGAAAUGCAUUUUAUUUUAAUUUGUGUUUUGUGUGUCAUGCAGAAGCUCGUACAGUGCACUAUGAACCUGUUGUGAAGAAAAUGUCUGAUUUUCUAAUGGCUCUUGAAGUAGAAAAUUGUUUUCUAUCUGCUUCUGAUGAUAAAACAAGAUUAUCAGAAAUGCUCCAACAGGUAAUGCAAAAUUUAAACUUGCACAAGAUGUGUACAUUAACAGAGGGGACAAUGACAUCCCAUUUGAAAGUCAUAAAAUUAGCACCUGAGCCAAAACCAGUUCUUGAUCAUCAGGUACCAAUAUUCUUGGAAGGCCGUGAAACAUUUCAGAGUGAUCAAUGGGACUUAACUACUCAGCAAGUGUUACCAUAUAUAGAUGGAUUCAAUCAUGUUGCGCGAAUAGCAGCUGAAGCAGAUGUGGAGAACAAUUUGGUUAAAAGUUGUGUGCAGAACCUUGUUUACUAUGGUGUUGUAACUUUGAUUCCAAUAUUCCAAUAUAGUAAUGUCUAUGCUGUAACUUCCAAAUUAACAGAGUUGGCAGAAAAUAUAAAAUUACAAGAGCAAUGUAUAGCAUAUGCUUCAAAAUUUUCUAGGCAACCUGCAUAUCUUAGAGACAUAUAUCGAAUGUAUGCAAGUAUGACACAUGGAAGCAGUAUAAGAGAUUUAUGUCAACGUCUCAAUCCACAGAAUUUAAGAAUCAAUGAAAGACGAUUAGUGCAAUUUGGUCUCAUUGAAGGUCUUAUUCGUAGAGUAUAUAAAUAUCCAAUAUAUUUAUCAGGUCCUUCGUGUGGUGAAGAAACAAAGAACAAUCCAGUUUAUAAAUAUUUUACAGGAACAUACAGUCUUGAUGAAAUUUGUUGCAGUACAGGUCAGUCAGCUGCUCAAAUUGAAGAUAUUGUUGAACGUGAUCCAAAUGUUAUUAUGUUAUGGAAGUAA